AUUUCCCCUGCACCAGCAAAAAGUUUGCAGCAAAACAGAGCGAAGUAAAAACUCAAGCUUUCCAUUGAGAGAAAUUCAUAUUAAAAAAAACAAAAAAACAUUCAGAAAAUGCUUCUUCGUAGCGCUUCUACUCCGAUACUGAACUCCUGGAUCCCACACUCCAAAGAACCGCAACCACCGCCGGCGGAGCCCGAGUUCUUCCCCCGGCAUUCACUCGCGAAAACCAGACCCGUCUCGCUCACCGCCUCCCCUCCGAGUCUCAUCCCUUCGCCUUCUUCCUCGUCUCCCCACGAGGAUUCCUUCAGGAAGAUGACGAGAGCGCUCUCGGAGACGGAUCUGAGGAAGCUUUCGCCGGCGGUGCCGAGGAGGAAGCCGGUGAACACGGUCUUUGUCGAGGAAGAGGAGGAGACGGAAGAAUUGGGCGGUGGGUUCUUCCUGGGAUCAAAUGGGUUGGGAGAGGAUCGUGCUGCGGAUGGUGGGUUGGCCACGCUUUUGGUCGGCGGCGGCGGGAGGAUUGGCGGCGGAGGCGGCGGUGGAAGCUCCAACGGUGGCGGGAGAGAUGGGAAUUCGGAGUUCUGGGAUUCGAAUUACAAGACGGAGGUGUAUUACGAGACGAUGAUCGAUGCGAAUCCCGGGAAUUCGCUUCUUCUUGGCAAUUAUGCCAAGUUUCUGAAAGAGGUUCGUCAGGAUUUCGUGAAAGCGGAAGAGUACUGCGGGAGAGCAAUCUUGGCUAAUCCGAACGACGGCGAUGUUCUUUCGAUGUACGCGGAUUUGAUAUGGCAGAGCCAUAAGGACUCUUCUCGAGCUGAAAGUUACUUCGAUCGAGCUGUCAAAGCUGCUCCUGAAGAUUGCUAUGUUCUUGCUUCAUAUGCUCAUUUCCUUUGGGAUUCCGAAGAAGAAGAAGAGGAAGAAGAACAAAGGGGAGUGGAUUUGAUUCCAGAGAUGAACAAAUUGUCACCACCAAAUUAUUUCCAUGGAAUUCCACCUCUCCCUCCUCCAAUAGCUGCUGCUUCUUGAAAAAAGCUUGAAUCUUUGGCCAGAAAAUCUUGUAACAUAGCGCUUCAGAUUUUAUAGCAUCUAAGUUCUAACCCACCACCCUUUUGUUUAUAGCCCCUUUCCCUUUUUGUUACCAGUUUUGGCUUUUCUUAUUUCAAUCCCUGCUAGUACCUCUCUUGUAGAAUCGUAAUAAGAUAUGGAAUGAGUCUAUUUGGCUUACUCGGUCUCUCUUUUUCUCAAUCUCUCUUUCUCUGUGUGUAUAUGUGAAUAUUCCAUCGACAAGGGGACAAAAAUUAUCUCUCCCUGCUGCAAAAGGUAAAGGCCAUCCCUUGCGGAUGCCAAAAGGCAUAGAUCCUUUGUUUGCUCAAGCAGCCUCUUUUCCACGCAGCUUAAUGAAGGCUUUUCAUCAUC